CCCACACAGUAGCCGAAGCCAUAGAGAAUGGAGAGAGCAACACCGGUAAGAAAGCCUCACUCUUCCACUGCCGAUCUGCUUACGUGGUCGGAAGUUCCUCCGGCAGAUUCUCCGGCCACCGGCUCCGCCUCCCGUUCCGGUGCUCGUUCCCACCAGCCCUCCGAUGGAAUGAGUAAGGUGCUCCAUGGAGUUCAGGUCAGUGACGAAGAAGUUGAGAAUCUUUUGAGAAGGAAGCCUUGCUCAGGGUAUAAACUAAAGGAGAUGACUGGCAGUGGUAUAUUUGUUGAUGAUGCUGAAGAUGGUACAUCAGAGUCUGGCAGCGCUAAUCCUAUUAACAAAACAGGAGUGCGUAUUUAUCAGCAAGCGUUGAAUGGGAUGAGCCAGAUAUCAUUCAGUGCUGAGGAGAGCAUUUCUCCCAAGAAGCCUACCUCUCUCCCUGAGGUAGCAAAGCAGAGGGAGUUAAGUGGGACACUAGCAAGUGAGUCGGACCCAAGGAUUAAGAAGCAAAUAUCAAAUGCAAAGUGCAAAGAGCUCAGUGGACAUGACAUUUUUUCUGGUCCUCCAGAAAUACUGCCUCGAUCAUUAGCGGCUGCACGCUCCUUAGAAUCAAAGGAGAGCAAAGACAUGGGGGAACCCGCACCACGAAAUGUACGCACAUCUGUCAAAGUUUCUAAUCCUGCUGGAGGCCAGAGUAAUAUCCUGUUUGGUGAAGAACCUGUGGUCAAGACAGCCAAGAAAAUACACGACCAGAAGUUUGCAGAACUUACUGGUAAUGAUAUCUUCAAGGGAGAUGUUCCUCCAGGGUCUGCUGAAAGGCCACUGAGCAUGGCCAAGCUGAAAGAAAUGAGUGGAAGUGACAUCUUUGCUGAUGGGAAGGCAGAAUCCAGAGACUUCCUGGGUGCCCGGAAGCCCCCUGGUGGUGAGAGCAGCAUUGCAUUGAUCUAACUCAUAACGUCUCAAGUCUUAACUGUUAUUUUUACUUUAUAUGGUCAUUACAUGUCCGGUUUCCUUGUAUCCAGUGUUGGGUCUCUAUGUUAUUGGACUUCUGAAUAUGAGGUGUGUCAAACAUACAAUGCCAAGGCUUUAAGCAUUUAGAUCAAACUGAAGGAUGGUUGGCUAAUUGAGUUAUUUCUGUAGUUUUAUGUUCCACUAGAAUGCUUUAUCCGUAAUAGCAUAUUUAAAAGUAAGCCAGAGUGUUUUUUUAA